AUGAAAGAUCAGGUGAUUAGGGCCAGAGCAUACUUGAGUUUUGCGUCACCAAAUAAGUCUCAUUUGGUAAAAGAGCUGAAAUUACGAAUAAAAGAGCUGGAAGGAGCCGUGGGUGAAUCCACCAAGGAUUCUGAUUUGUCUAAGAGAGCUAUGCAGAAGAUGAGAGCCAUGGAGGCCUCCUUGUUAAAGGCCAGCCGUAUUUACCCUGACUGCCCUGCCAUGACAAAAAAACUUAGGGCCAUGAAUUACAAUGCUGAAGAACGGGUCCUGAGACACAAGAAUCAAGCGACAUUUCUUGUUCAGCUUGCUGGAAGGACUACUCCAAAAGGCCUUCACUGCCUCUCCAUGCGGCUAACUUCUGAAUAUUUUGCCCUGCAGCCAAAGGAGCGGGUGUUUCCUAACAGACAGAAACUGCAUGAUCCAGAUCUUUAUCACUUCGCUGUAUUUUCUGACAAUGUUCUGGCUUGUGCUGUGGUUGUGAACUCAACUAUUUCCACUGCAAUGGAACCGGAAAGAAUAGUCUUCCAUAUAGUGACUGAUUCCCUCAAUCUCCCGUCAAUCACAAUGUGGUUCUUAUUAAAUCGCCCUGGGGAAGCCACUAUACAGAUACAGAGCGUAGACAAUUUUGAAUGGUUGUCCACCAAAUAUGAUGUGACACUGCAGAAGCAAAACUCUCCUGAUCCAAGAUACACUUCUCAGCUGAACCACCUUCGGUUCUAUCUGCCAGAUGUUUUUCCCCUGCUUAAUAAGAUUGUGCUCCUUGACCAUGAUGUGGUAGUGCAAAGGGAUCUAACUGGACUUUGGAGUGUCGACAUGAGGAAUAAAGUGAACGCAGCAGUUCAGACUUGUCAGGAAGGUGAGCCUUCAUUCCGUCGGAUGGAUAUGUUUAUCAACUUCUCAGAGUCAGUGGUGGCAAGGAGGUUUGAUGUGAAGGCAUGUACAUGGGCGUUUGGGAUGAAUGUGUUUGAUCUAAAAGAAUGGAGGCGGCUAGAUUUAACUGGGGUCUAUCACAAAUACCUGAAGUUGGGAAAUAAGAGGCCCUUGUGGAAAGCUGGUAGUCUGGCCCUGGGUUGGGUCACCUUCUACAACCAGACAGUGGCUUUGGACCGGAGAUGGCAUCUCCUUGGGUUGGGGUAUGAGACUUCUAUUCGAAAGGGUAAGAUCGAGCAGGCUGCAGUGAUACACUACGAUGGAAUCAUGAAGCCAUGGUUGGAUACUGGGGUUGAGAAGUUCAGGCAUUGCUGGAGGAAACAUAUCAAUUACGACCACCCUGACUUGCAACAGUGCAACAUCCGUCCUUAGUUAGAUCCCGCAACACAAGAAGGCUGAGUAGACUCAUCUUACUACACAUUACAUUCUUCAUGUGAGAGGAACUCCAUGCGUGGUUUGUUAUUCUUUCUCAUUCGUCCACAAAUUUUUCAUGUAAAUCUCAACUCAUAACAUCUUCCAAUUUUUUCGGCCAUAGUCAUCUAGGAGCCGAGUCAAGUUUAACAAUAAUAGGGAACCAAAUAAGGUCCCAAUGCUCAUACAUCUUGUGUACAUAACUCAUUUUAGAGUUCUAGUAGUUUCAAAUGCAUGACUCUCAUUUUAGGCUGG